AUGUCCAUAUUCCGCCCCUCCGCCCACGCCCUUAUAACAGGCGGCGCAUCCGGCGUCGGUUACGCCGUCGCCCAACUCUGCUUGAAACACUCAAUGCGCGUCUCCAUCGUCGACUUUAACCAAUCCUCUCUCGAUAUCGCGCGCAAAAACCUCUCCGGCGAUGUUAAAUGCAUCCAAGCAGAUGUCUCCUCCCGCUCAGACUGGUUGUCCAUCCGCCAGCAAGUCGGCACCGACGUUGACUUUCUGAUGCUAAACGCCGGCAUUGGCGGGAAAGGAACGUGGGGCGACGAAGACUAUUUUGACAAGAUCCUCGCUACGAAUCUGGGAGGUGUGGUAAAUGGGUUGAAUGCGUAUGUUCCGAGUUUUAAGGAGAGGGCAGGGGAGGGGAAGAGUGCGAUUGUGAUUACGGGAAGUAAACAGGGUAUUACGAACCCGCCUGGCAAUCCAGCGUAUAAUGCUAGUAAGGCGGCUGUGAAGACCUUGGCUGAGCAUUUGAGCUAUGAUCUCAAGGAUACGGGUGUUGGGGUGCAUUUGUUGGUUCCGGGGUGGACGUUUACUGGGCUUUCUGGGAACGAGCCGGGCUCUACCAAGGCCAAACCGGAAGGUGCGUGGUCAGCCGACCAGGUCGCUGACUACAUGUACACCAAGAUGCAAGCCAAGAAAUUCUAUAUCAUCUGUCCCGACGACCAGGUCACGGAGGAGAUGGACAAGAAGCGCAUGUUGUGGAGUGUUGGGGAUAUCGUGAACGAGAGGCCGCCCUUGACUCGAUGGAGGGAGGAGUACAAGGAGGAGGCUGAGAAAUGGAUGGCGGAGCAGAAGGUGUAA